CUCUCCCCCAGAUCAGCCACUCAGAGGAACGUCUUUGCCGAGUAGUCCUUGUUCGUAGGGUUUAAUCAGUAAAAGGAAAAUAACAGGUAGCGCCAUCCGCCGCUUUAUUUCCCCGUGGCCAAAUUUGCAUCUGAAGGAUUACAAUCCCACCGCUUGGCUACGACAUAUGUGACUAUCUGCGCCUUUCGACAGACCGAAAAAAACAGACAACACCCGAGUUUAGCUACAAUGUGUGACUGAGUAUCACCGCAAGCCAGCGAACUCGUGUGACACACCAUCGAGAGGCAGCUGUUAUGGGCUGAAGCCCGACUCAACAACUAAAUCAAUCGAGGUCGGGAUUGGGUACACGCAUCCUUAAUAACGUCAACAUUGUGGAUAUGGAAUGGUGCAUGCCAGUGCCCCAAGUUUACAGCCUCUGAAGAGCAGCGAGAUCAUGGAAAUUCAUCCUCUGGGUAGUAGACUUUGUCCACAUCCUUUGGACAAAGAGGAUGGCAUAGAGAAGCAAGGUCCUGUCACUCUCAACCCCAGGCACAUGCGAAAGGCGUUCAAAGUUAUGAAUGAGCUACGCAGUCAGAGCCUGCUGUGCGAUGUGACCAUAGUAGCGGAGGACGUAGAGAUCACUGCUCACAGGGUGGUCCUCGCUGCCGGGAGCCCCUACUUCCAUGCUAUGUUCACAGGGGAAAUGGCAGAGAGCAGGGCGAAGCGGGUGAGGAUAAAAGAGAUGGGGGGCUGGACACUUGGCCUGCUCAUUGACUACAUCUACACCGCGGAGAUACAGGUCACGGAGGAGAAUGUACAGGCCCUGCUUCCCGCUGCGGGCCUGCUGCAGCUGAGCGAGGUGAAGAAGGCCUGCUGUGACUUCCUGAGCUCCCAGCUCCACCCCUCCAACUGUUUGGGGAUCCGGGCCUUCGCCGACCUGCACGCCUGCUGCCAGCUCCUCACGCAGGCCAACAGUUACGCAGAGCAACACUUCCCCGAGGUGGUGGCCAGUGAAGAAUUCCUGAACCUGGGCAUGGAACAGGUGUCCAGCCUCAUCGCCAGCGACAAGCUCACCAUUCCUACUGAGGAGAAGGUCUUUGAAGCGGUGAUUGCUUGGGUCAAUCAUGAUAAAGAUGUUCGUCAGGAACACCUGGCUCAACUCAUGGAGCACGUGCGCCUGCCGCUACUCUCCAGAGAAUAUCUGGUGCAGAGGGUGGAGGAGGAGUCUCUGGUGAAGAACAGCAGUGCGUGUAAAGACUAUCUGAUCGAGGCCAUGAAGUACCACCUGCUGCCGGCUGAUCAGAGGGCCCUGAUGAAGACCGCACGGACACAAAUGAGGACCCCAGCCUGCUGCCCUAAGGUGAUGGUGGUGGUGGGGGGCCAGGCUCCCAAGGCUAUCCGGAGCGUUGAAUGCUAUGACUUUGAGGAGCAGCGGUGGUACCAGGUGGCUGAACUCCCAACCAGGAGGUGCAGAGCAGGCGUGGUGUACGUGGGCGGCUGCGUGUACGCGGUCGGGGGCUUCAACGGCUCUUUGCGCGUGCGGACGGUGGACUGCUACGACCCGGCGGCGGAUCGCUGGACCUGCGUGAGCAGCAUGCAGGACCGCCGCUCCACGCUGGGCGCCGCCGUGCUCAGCGGGCUGCUCUACGCCGUCGGGGGCUUCGACGGCAGCACCGGGCUGUCCACCGUGGAGGCGUACAACUCCAAGACGGACGAGUGGUUCCACGUCUUGCCCAUGAGCACACGGAGGAGCAGUGUCGGCGUGGGCGUCGUCAACGGGAUUCUGUAUGCAGUGGGAGGGUAUGACGGGGCCACCAGACAGUGUCUGAGUACAGUAGAGGCCUACAAUCCAAACAGCAACACAUGGAGCUACAUCUCUGAGAUGGGCACCCGGCGGAGUGGCGCAGGCGUGGGCGUGUUGAAGGGGCUGCUGUACGCGGUGGGGGGUCACGACGGCCCGCUGGUAAGGAAGAGCUGCGAGGUGUUCGACCCGGCCACCAACGGCUGGCGCCAGGUGGCCGACAUGAACAUGUGCCGCCGCAACGCAGGCGUGUGUAUGGUGAACAACCUACUGUACGUGGUGGGCGGAGAUGACGGCAGCUGUAACCUUGCGUCCGUGGAGUUCUACAACCCUGCCUCCGACAAGUGGACUCUACUGGCGGCCUGCAUGAGCACCGGACGCAGCUAUGCAGGAGUGACGGUGAUCGACAAGCCCUUAUGACUGCCUCAGGGGCCAUCUUGUUGAUUUUGAGCAGUCGUCUGCUGAACACCCAUCUUGGAUCCGUCUUCGACGCCAGAGCUUGGACCUGAGGCUGCCUCAACGGGCCCUGCCAGAAAAUGAGCAAAUGAAGAUGAAGAUGAGAGGAUGAAGGAUGAUGAAGCUGAUGAGGAUGAUCAUGAAGAUGAAGAUUAAUGCACUUAAGAAACGGGGGAGGAACUCAACAACUGGGAGAUGUUAAAACCGUGUUUUUAAUCCUCUCGUGGCUAAACAAGCGACAGCGAACUGGAGUCGAACCAGUUUUAAGAACCACUACAACCGCAAUGGCGUUGGAUUGCUACUGAAGAAGAGCUGUUGUAACUAUAACAUUAUGGGUCUUCUCUUUUUUUGUUUUCGUCUUAUCGUUGCUGAAACGGCAGGAAGUUCACUAAUUAGGUAUUUUCCUUUUGAGAAUAGAACAGUGAGGGGAGCAUUACGAAUGGAACGCGUUUAACUUUUUUUUAUCAUGCCAAGAAAUGUAUGGUUAAGUUUGUAUAGUGACUAAAUGGGUGCUCAACGUGUAAGCAUGUGUGCGCGUGCUUGCGUGUGUGUGUGUGUGUGUGUGUGUGUGUGUGUGUGUGUGUGUGUGUGUGUGUGUGUGUGUGUGUGUGUGUGUGUGUGUGUGUGUGUGUGUGUGUGUGUGUGUGUGCGCGUGUGUGCGCCUUUCGCUUGCGCAUGUGAGCAUGUACCGUAUGUGUGUGCGCCGCUCAUCACAGCCGUGCACCUGCAAGUCUCGCGCGUGGCGACGCCUGGUCGACGCACGGGGUCGCGACCUCUGCACUCUGAGCUCCGACCUUUUACAGUGUUCUCGUAUGUGGCUGUCCCUAAAGUGGCUGAAUGUGUUUUUUUAUUACACCUUGAGUUACCCAAACCCUCCUAGCGUCCUAUGUUGUUGUUGCUCCCAGUGUGCUAUUAUGGGCCCAAGUGCCAAACGGGGACUUAUUGAGUUUACCUGCCAAGGAUCUAGGGGAUGUUUACUUGAUGGUAGCCGGUGUCACUAGCACACCAGUCUGCAUGAUUCCAGCACAGCCUGUGGAAAGUGAUUGUAAAAGAGACAUUGUAUGCUUUCUUUGGGGUCGGGCGGGGGGGGGGAUGGUAUGCUUGGGGAAAUAAAAGGCUUUUAUUGCGAUAUCUGUAUGGAAACACAGUAUGUUCGUGGGACCGAAGAAAAGACGGAGGGAGAAACUGUUGACGAGCGUUUCCAACAGUUUAUUUAUUUAUUAGUGUUUUACUGUCACUUGGCAGAACUCUCCGUUGUGAUUGUGACCACUGAUCACAGCAAGUUAAAUAUGGGCUGAACUCGAUGCAUGGUCCUGACCUUUAACCUCUCAAACCCACCCGGUGAACUCCCCCCCCCCCCCCCCCACCAACUUCUCCCAACAAUCCCCUAUCCCCUCUGUUAUAGCAAGCCUAUUAACUACUGCACACCCUGACUCGACAUGAAUGUGCCAACUUUAAUAUUGCUCUUUAUUUCUGUCGUUCUUUAUUAUUCUCUUUCUCUACUACUCACAACAUCGUCUUCUCUCCCUCUCUCUCUCUCUCUCUCUCUUUUCUAGAAAGUGACCAAACAACUUGAUUUUUCAGUUUUUUGCUCUAAUAUUUAAAGUUGCUAUGUUGAUUAAUAUCGCUGUCUCUUGUCAGAGGAAUGUUAUGUAGGCUAAUGAUCUUUGAAAUGUUUCACAACAUGUUUUAUAUUAUCAUUAAUAAAUAUGCUUCUUGUAUUUAAA